AUGACAAAUUUUUCUAAUCAUUCAUUACCAAUCAAUACACGUUUACAAUCAUUAGAUUAUUUAAGUUCAGUUACAGAACAAUUAAGAAAAGAUACAAUUGAUAAUGAUGUUUUAAAUUCAAAAGAAAAUCAAGAUAAACUUGAUCAAAUUGUUCAUAAAACUUUAGCAAAUAUUGAAUUAGAUGAAGAUGUUAUGGAAGUUUAUAAAACUGAUCUAUUACGUUAUCAUCAUAGUUUAGUUAUUUAUCUUAACGAAUUAAGUUUAAGUGAUCAAACAACAAGUCAUUAUGCAAAAAUGUUUCAUAUUGGUCAAUGGAUUUGUGAUAUAAAUUUAACAGUCAAAUGUUUAACUUAA